CCACUGCGCAGAGCCCUGCCAAUACUGCCAGCUGCCACUGGAUAACAUCCGGGCCGUCAUGUUUAGGAAGUGACUGCGAGGAGGAAGAUUUCUCUGCGCCGGAGCUCAGAGACGGGAAGGAAGAGAACACAGCGCGCUGCGGUUUUCAUCGGUGCUGAGGCAGAAAGCCCCAGAGACGAUGAAAUCCUACCAGAAACUGACAGCGGAGGUCUCUCAGAUCACCGAGGCUGGGGAGGAAGGUGCCGACAGAAAACCAUUAUGCCAUCAGAAGUUGUCUGCUUGGUGGCUCGGUGGGGGCCUCCUGAUGGUAGCCGCCCUCCUUAGCGGGGUGACCGUUUGGGUCCUUGGGCAGAUUUGGUGGGAUCAGCAUGGAAUUCCCUCCUGGUCAAAAUGCACCUCUGUCCCAGAAGACCGUCGCUUUGACUGUUACCCGGAGAGAAGCGCAAUUGUGACACGAGAACUUUGCGAGGGCCGGGGGUGCUGUUUUGUGGACAGCGAGAGGCCCCAAGAUAGAAUAAAGGGGGUCCCGUGGUGCUUUUAUCCCCCUGAUUUCCCCAGCUACACCCUGGGGAGCACGAAGGAGACUGACCUGGGGCUGGUGGGCUUUCUGACCAGAAAAACAAAGGCUUACUAUCCAAAAGAUGCUGAGAAGCUGCAGCUCAGCGUGGAGUUCGAAACAGAUUCCCGGUUGCACGUCAAGAUCACCGAUGCCGCCAGUCCCCGCUACGAGGUCCCCCUUGAUGUUCCUCGAGCCACAAAGAGAGCGGAGAAUCCUCUCUACUCUGUCGAGUUCUGCAAGGAGCCUUUUGGUUUGAUAGUGACGCGAAGCGGUUCAGGGACAGUUUUGCUGAACACAACAGUGGCUCCCCUGUUUUUCGCAGAUCAGUUCCUCCAGAUUUCUACUCUUCUACCUUCUACAUUUCUUUAUGGGUUGGGGGAACACCGGAGUAACUUUCUACAUAAUCUGGAGUGGAACACGCUGCCUCUGUGGGCCCGAGACGUCCCUCCCACAGAGUCCUACAAUCUCUAUGGUGUUCACCCAUUCUAUCUUCUCAUGGAGAAAGGUGGAGCUGCCCAUGGGGUUUUCCUCCUGAACAGCAACUUGAUGGAGGUGGCCCUUCAGCCUGCUCCUGCCCUCACAUGGAGGACCAUUGGGGGCAUUUUAGAUUUUUACAUCUUUUUAGGACCAGACCCCAACUUGGUGGUCCAGCAAUACCAGCAGGUGAUUGGGUUUCCGGCCAUGCCCCCCUUUUGGGGACUGGGAUUCCAUCUCUGCCGUUGGGGGUAUGGGACGAGCAACAGGAUGUGGGAGACAGUGAAGGCAAUGCGGAAUUUCCAGAUCCCUCAGGAUGCCCAGUGGAAUGACAUUGAUUAUAUGAAUGGCUCUCGGGACUUCACCUUGGACUCUGAGAAAUUUGCCACUCUCCCCCAGCUGGUAGAAGAUCUUCAUGAGCAUGGACAAUACUACGUGCUGAUCCUGGACCCCGGAAUCAGUAGCACUCAGCCUCCCGGCUCUUACUGGCCUUACGAUGAAGGUCUGAAGCGCGGAGUAUUCAUCAACAACACACAAGGGAAAACUCUGAUAGGAGAGGUCUGGCCCGGCUUCACUGCUUAUCCUGACUUUUCUAACCCAAACACUCAUCGCUGGUGGCUAGAAAAUCUGAACCGUCUUCACACCGUCAUCCCUUUCGAUGGCCUUUGGAUCGACAUGAAUGAACCAUCCAACUUCAUUGAUGGCUCGACCGAAGGAUGUUCCCAGGGAGACCUAGAUAACCCACCAUACGUGCCCGGGAUCCUGGGCGGUUUCCUUUCCGCAAAGACGAUUUGCGCCUCGGCCAAGCAAAGCAUCUCUGCGCAUUACAAUCUCCACAACCUCUAUGGGCUGAUGGAAGCCAAGGCCACUGCGAGUGCUCUGGUUGAAAUCCGUGGGAAGAGACCCUUCAUUAUUUCACGUUCCACUUUUCCAAGCCAGGGCAGAUAUUCAGGACACUGGCUGGGCGACAAUCAGAGCGAAUGGAAGGAUAUGUUUUGGUCCAUUCCAGGAAUGCUGAGCUUCAGUCUCUUCGGAGUCCCGUUGGUCGGGGCCGACAUCUGUGGCUUCUCCAAAUCCACCUCAGAAGAACUCUGUAUUCGCUGGAUGCAACUGGGGGCUUUCUAUCCCUUUUCACGAAAUCACAACACCCGGGAUGAGAAGGCUCAGGAUCCCACCGCCUUCAGCCCAGCAGCCCGGACCGCCAUGAAGGAGGCCCUGGAGCUCCGCUACACCCUGUUGCCGCUGCUCUAUUCCCUCUUCCAUCGGGCUCAUCUGCAAGGGGACACCGUGGCCCGCCCUCUGUUUUUUGAGUUCCCAAAGGACGGGGCCACCUACACGUUGAACAAGCAGUUCCUCUGGGGCCGGGGCCUGCUGGUGACACCAGUUCUGGAACCCGGCGCCGACUCAGUGAUCGGUUACUUCCCCAAAGGUGUUUGGUACGAUUACUACACGGGCUCUUCGGUGAACAGCAGCGGGGAAAGCUUGAAAAUGGCAGCACCUCUAGAUCACAUCAACGUCCAUCUGCGAGAGGGGACCAUCCUGCCCACUCAGAAACCCGGAGGCAGCACCCGGCUGAGUCGCCGGAACCCUUUGAGGCUGAUUGCAGCCUUAUCCCAGAAUGCCAACGCCUGGGGAGACCUUUAUUGGGACGAUGGUGAAAGCCUGGACGCCUUCGAAAAGGGCGACUAUUCGUACUUGGUGUUCAACGUCACGCAGAACACCUUCACGUCCACCGUCCUGCAUUCCAGUAUGGAACCCAACUACAUUACAGUGGAUAAUCUCAGCGUCUACGGAGUCCGGGAAGAGCCAAAAACUGUCACCGUUGGUGGCAAAGACUGGCCGUUCACCUAUUCGACCAAUCAGGUCCUCAGCGUGAGCAACCUGCAGCUUCCUCUCAGCCAGGGAUUCCACAUCCGGUGGAUGUGAGACCGGGGGCGUUUCCUCUCCCCCAGUUGCAUGGCAAAUACCGCCACAAGCGGACUGAGCUGUGGCUUGCGUGGAACCUCGCCCUGGGAUCCCCACGCACCUCUGUGGCUGUGCCUCUCCACCCAAGCCCUGCCAUUGCCUCGUCGCAUCUUCUCGGGAAGGGCCUCCCAGCUUCUGCUCCGAGCUUUUCUGCACAGAUCUCUCAUCUCCUUCUGUGUUUCGCUCCCCGAGAACCCGUCGCACGUUGCCAAACAUCCCACCCUCCGUGAGUGGCGCUUUGCAGUUUUGCUGGAUAAGGAGGACCUCGAGUCAAAGUCACUGGAUCUGAGUCCCUGUCCUCCACCGUGGCAUGAACUCGGACUGUAGGCAUGCAAACCAACUCAGACGCAGCCUCUGGAUUUUUCAAUUUAAUGUACUUGGCCAUUAAGGCUCGGGAAAUUUCCACACCCAAAUCUGGGCAGGUAUCUGGCAGACGGUUCUGAACGGGAAGGGCCAUUCAUUGAUCCGUCCCGGUUGUAAGGGGAGAUGACUAAAUUCAAGAUCAGGCCGUCUUUUGCAGAAAGCACAGGGCCUCCGAGCAGAAGGCUAAAAUCUUGCAUCCCGAGGCACUGCUCUCUGCCAAUGAGUGAAACCAAGGUUUAACUUCACUUCUGUACUUAGGAGGAUUCAGAAGGUUGUAGGCACACGUUCCAUCCUCUCGUACCGGCCUAAGUCUCCACCUCAAAGCCAGGAACAUUCUGGCUCUGAGUCAGAGAUUCUGUAUGUUCUUAAUGUAACCUCAACAUCAAAGGCUAACCCUGUAUUUUGCUAGCGUUGUUGGUAAAACCCACAGUGGUUACGGGUAGUAUUUCACCCUGUAACAAACCUGCUUCGUUCCGGUUAGGUAAGUUAACACUUCCAGAGCACCAAGCCUGAGCGCCCAGCUCCCGUCACUAGACACCUGUGACGGUCUGUGCAAUUGGAUGGUCAAGUCACGGGUGUCUGGGUUACCCCUCCAAGUUUGCAGCACCACCAAGGGUGAUUGCAGAGUAUUCUGCUGCACUGAGACACCCGUUGCUUCUAAAUCUUCAGGUGUUACGGGGUUUGCCACAGUGUCCUGGCCAAUGCUGCAGAGAUGGUGAGGUUUUAACUCUUCCACCACGCUAGGGAGGGGGCCUGAAGCACGGUUCUCGGCAUUACACUGACUUGACAGGCGGGGCAUUUCGCCCAGCCCUGAACUCACCCUCAGGAUGAAUGUCUAUAGCGUGCUAAAAUGCACAGAUUUCAGAAAAUCCACUUUGCACUAUUUUCCCACCAACCGUUUUCCCCUGCCACUGGAGUUUUGUGACCUAUAUUUUCAACUAUUUUAGAUUUCCCCUCUAGAACAAAGCGGGGAGACUUCCUCCUUGCUUAUGGACCUCACUCGGCCUGGAGAAAAUUCCUGGCAAUGCCCCUGUGCAGCUGCGGCUUUGCAGCGCUACUUCUAGUUAAAUCAUGAUAGGGUUAGGUAAGCCUGUUUUGGAGAACCCGCUUUCCUCGAAGUUGGCCUUGGAGUGAGCGUAAACUGUUUGCACCAGCAAGGACCAAAGCCGAAAAGACGCCCAGUUUAAGUUGGCCUGGAUGCCUUCUUGCUGAACUGUCCUGUGAUGUUUUUUACCAGGGCGUGAAUGGCAAGGGUAGCAAGAGAAACCCAACGAAUAUACUGUACGGGAGGGUUUCUCAAACUUGGCCACUUUAAAACAGGUGGACUUCAACUCCCAGAAUUCCCUGUGCCAGCUGGGGAAUUCUGGGAGUUGAAGUCCGCCUGUCUUAAAGUGGCCAGGUUUGAGUACAUCAAAAGCUGCUGUACAAAAUUGUCUGGUGCAUGGGGCCAAGGGGAAGACUAGGGGAAGGGAAAGGUGAGUUGUGUCCCUUUGGGGUGGUUGCUUUU